AUGUAUACCUCGGCCUUCGACAGCCACUACGCCGACCUCUACGGCAAGCGCUGGGCAGCGCUGUCGCGGUGCCUUCGGCGCGCGCCGACGGCCGUUGCCGUGAUUCCGCCCUUCUUCGAGCAGAUACCCGACCAAUCGGAGCUUGAUCAGUGCAGCGCCCCGGAGGUUUCGGUGGAAGACCUGCAGGGAAGCAGCUACUACCGUAGGACCGUCCUCCCCUUCUGCUACGAACAGCGGACUUUCGACAGCAGGACGAAGUCCGACCCCAGCCCCUCGGAGUUGACUCUGUACGCCAAGAAGGCGAUCUUCAACGCAAAUAACUUCGUAGUCAAGGCGGAAGACUGUGUUUAUUACAUGGACGUCGGGCUCUGCUUCGCGUGCCACUGCCUCGGAGUGGCGCCUGGCGACAGGGUGUUUGACAUGUUCGCACACGGCGGAGGCCACAGCCUCAUCUUUGCGUCCCUUAUGUUCAGCCAGGGCGAAUCGCACACGGGUAUCUCUGGAGAAGGACGCAGCACGCUCGAGAUGGUGGAGCUCAUUAACCAGGCGAGGGAGGCCAAGCAGCGCUAUGCCGAGACAUCGCUGCUGGUGUGCGGGGAGACCCGGCGAAGCGUUCACCAGACAACGGAGGACAUUUUGAAAAAGUAUUUGCCGAAGCGGCUGUUGGACGCGGCGAGCGUCCAGACAGUACACCACCACGCCGAUCACCAGAAAAUAAGGCGGUACGGGUUGUUCGAUCGCAUCUUCGUGCGAGUGCCGCAGUCGGCGGACACCGCCGACCCCAACACCUGGAGCAAGCGAGGCCUUAAGGCCAGCUCGGCGAGGGCGCUCGGCGCCUUGAACUGCGCUGCCAAGCUACUGAAGCCCGGGGGCACCAUUGUCUACUGCAGCCAUUCGCUGGAUCCCAUGGAGAACGAACUGAUCGUACACACCGUGCUGGCUUCCAUACCGGAACUGCGUAGCGAGCCUAUAGACGCGCAGUCGUUGACGGAUCAGCUUCGCACGUCGCUCGCCUGGGAGACGGAGCUGCCGAGCGCCCUGCCGACAAGUGAAACGCGCAAGUAUGGAUGCGCCUUCAUGCCUGACACAUCACCCUGCGGGCCACUAUACAUUUGUAAACUGGUGUUUAAUUAG